CAGAAUGGCGUCUGUGUGUCUGAGAGAGGAGCUGAGCUGCUCCAUCUGCCUGAGCCUUUAUACAGACCCUGUAUCCCUGAGAUGUGGACAGCCGGGACUGUAUUGUGAGGGUGCUGGAUACACAGGAGGGGGCUGGGGGCUAUUCCUGUCCGGAAUGCAGAGCAGAAUAUCAGGAACGCCCAGUACUGGAGAAGAACAGAAAGCUGAGUAACAUUGUGGAAAGUUUCCUAUGUAAUCAGCCAGAGCCGGAGGAGACCCAGAUUUUCUGUACUUACUGCGUGGACGCUCCUGUACCGGCUGUGAAGCAGUGUCUGCAGUGUGAGAUGUCCCUGUGUGAGGGCCACCUGAGUGUACACAACAAGUCAGUAGAUCACGUUUUAAUUGAGCCACCAUCAUCACUGACCAACAGAAAAUGCCAAAUUCACAAGAAACUCUUUGCGUACCAUUGCCGUGAAGAUGCUGCUUGUGUCUGUGUCUCCUGCUUUGCAAUAGGAUCACACAAAGGACACCAGGUGGAGUCACUGGAUGAGGCCAUGAAGACCAAGCAGGAGAAGCUGAAAAACCUACUGGAGAAACUGACCACAAACAGAGCAGAGGCUGAGGAACAUGUGCAGAGUCUACAGAAACGCAGGACAGAGGUAGAGGAGAAAGCAACUGCUGUCACAGGGAAAGUCACUGACUUGUUUAUGGGCAUCAGGAAGAAGUUGGACGUCCUAGAGGGGAGAGUCCUGUGUGAGGUCUCCAGGCAGACUGAGAGGAUUUCUCUGCAAAUCUCUGAUCUGAUCCACCAGCUGGAGAAACAGAAGGAUGAGCUGUCCAGGAGGAUGGGUAACAUUGAGGAGCUGUGUAAUGCUACUGACCCACUGACUGUCUUACAGGACCGAGAAUCAGACUCUAAUGAGAAGGAAAGUAGCCUAGAAUAUUUUGCCAAAAUGACUUAUCCUGUGGAUGAUCUGAAUGAGUGUCUGAUCUCAGUGACAUUACACUCAGGAUUAUCUGAUAUUCUGACUGCUGCAAAGAGAGUGUCCUGUAUACCUGAGGCUGCAGAUAUGUUACUUGAUAUAAACACAUCUAAUUGUUACAUCUCUGUAUCAGGGGAUUUAAAAUUUGCAUCCUUAUCCAAUGUGGACCUAAAAUACCCACAGAGUAGAAUGAGGUUUACAGAUUAUCGUGUGGUCCUCAGCAGCACAAGAUUUGGCUCAGGACAACAUUGCUGGGAAGUGGGAGUCAGCACAUCAAAGUAUUGGGGGGUUGGAGUGGCUUAUUCUAGUAUGGAAAGGAAAGGAGGGCAAUCACGCAUUGGAUACAAUAGCAAGUCCUGGUGUUUGCGUAUGUCGGAUGAUGAGGGUUACUUAGUGAUGCACAAUUCUGUGUGCACUAAUCUGCAGCUUGAGUCUCCUGUGCAGACAGUGGGGAUAUACCUGGACUAUGAGGCCGGGCGUCUGUCCUUCUAUCAGCUGUGUGACCCCAUCAGACACUUACACACCUUCUCCGCCACCUUCACUGAGCCCCUAUAUGCUGCCUUUACGGUAUCCGGUGCUGGCUGGGUCAGGAUUAUCAGCUAGAUAUAUACAUGUAAUAGGUUCAGUAUGAUUUACAGACGGACACAAUACAGAGUCAUAAUCCCAACAGCCAUUGACCUACAGGCACAAUUCCGACAUGGCCAAAAUACCGACAUUCAUUAUGCCAACAUGUCAAAAUACCAACAUGAGUUUUUCUUGUUUUUUUUUUGGUGUCCAUGUUGACAUAGGUCGACAUUGACAACGUCUAAGUGUACCGCGUCCCCUCGCAUGGCUCGCUGAGCUCGCCAUGCUUUGGGCGCGGUGCUUCGCUGUGCUCGGAACACUAUUAUAUUCCCCCUCCAGGUCACUGGGAUGGUAAAGUAUCAACAAGUCUGUUUUGGGGCAAAAAUUCUUUAAAAACGCAUGUCGGUAUUGUGACAUGUAGCCAUUUCAAAUGUCGAUAUUCUGACUAUGUCGGCAUUUUGAAUAUGUCUCUGUGUAUUAUAGCCUGAGCAGGGAGCACAGAAUAGCUGUGUCAUAUACAGGGGCAAUGGAUAAAGCACCUCUGCCUCAUGACACCUGGCUCAGGAGGAGACAGGCAAUGAGUUCAGUAAAAGUCGCAGGAGGGUGUGUAGGAUCCUAUGAACUGAAUGCAUGUGAAGGUGACCUCUAUGUCUGAGAUUUCCCAGCACUGCCUGUAUAUAAGGGUGGAAUGUGUAUGUGACAUGUAUAUACGAGAAUACACUGUUACCCCUGAUGAUUCUGCACUUGGUGCUAUGGAGGAAAUAUAAAUGGAGACAAUUACAUAUUA